AUGGAGACUGACACCAACUCAAACUACCCCGAGUCUCCCACAGAGGAGGAUGAGGUCUUCUUGUGCAAAGGCUGCGGCGAGGGGCGAGCCUUUGAGCUUGCUGGCCACCGAUGGCACCUUGGCUGCUUCCGAUGCCACUCGUGCGCCACCCUCCUCGACUCGGAUGCCAAUCUGCUGCUGCUGGGCGAUGGCUCUCUCAUCUGCAACAACUGCACAUACAGCUGCAGCUCCUGUGGUAACAAGAUCGAAGAUCUCGCCAUCCUGACCGGCGACCAAGCCUUCUGCGCUACCUGCUUUAAGUGCCGCAACUGCAAGAGGAAGAUUGAAAACCUACGAUAUGCGCGUACCAGCCAGGGCAUUUUCUGCAUGAGCUGUCACGAGAGCUUGAUGGCAAGACGGCGGAAAAAGGCAAAGGCUUCGAAACAACUGGCUGCUGCAGGGAGCAACCCGAUAGUGCUGGACAAGAGUCUGCCUGCGCUGCCACCAAACGCCGUCUCCCAGAGCGCUCUGCGAGAGUCUUCACCUUCGGGUUCCUACACCAGCGACCAUCUCAAAGCCAGUCACGAGAAUAAGCGAGACACAUCGCCCAUGUCAACGUCAGACGAUAGCAAGAGAGGUAGCAGCCGUCACUUGUCUCACAUAGGCGGCUCUUCAGACCCAACUCAAGACACUCUUACAUUGCCCGCCAGCACAUACAAGCAAGAGCGUGCUUCGACCAUGUCAUCUAACACCAUGACUUCAAUGCCUGAUGCCGACGAUGGCUUCCUCCCUAUGGCUUACGACCCCAACCCUGCCCCUCCCCCUCUACCACGCCGUUCACAUCCUGAAACUACGCCCAGGAUGUCUGAUAACCUCUCUCCUCAAGGCGGUUUCUCCAGGAACAACAGAGAUCGACCGUCGUCCUCAAGAUCCGUGUCAACUGAGCGCGAUAGCGUCCGAAGUCCUGGUGUUGGCCACACCGACAAAGGCCGUCAGCAGGGUCUUCGCAAUGUUUCGGGUAGCAGCACACCGGUGACCACAUCGGCUGUUGCCUCGCCCUCAUCUCUCACCAGUCAGCAACGUCCUCGUCUGCCACACGCAAACAGUGCUUCGUCCAACUUGGUACCCGAGCCUUUCAAACUCCAAGACGUGCCACGAGAUCGCAGGGUAUCGCGCAACAGCCCUCGUGUCGGAAAGAACUCUCCCACGUCGUUGGACACUCAGCAACACUCGAGACACACUCCGACCGACUCGAAUUUAUCUCUGUCGCCAGCCUCUGUGGACACGCCCAGCUCGAGCAUCAAUCCUUUCGACGAUCCCAAACUCCGCGAAGCUUCGUCAAGCGCUGGCGCAUCAGCUGCAAAGCAUCCUGCUAGAGGUGAUUCCCUAGCACAAUCUUCGCGCAUCACCUCUCCCGAAGCCACGCCAGCUCUUAGACAGUCCGAUGCUGCUCAUGAACGUAAAACUUCCGCAACCUCACCCCAAUUCGUCGAUGCGCCGACCCACCUUCGCUCCGAGACCGAGUCUCAGAACACAGGAGAAAUGGGCAUACCAGCCGCACCUCCUAGAGCUGCUAACCGUCCUUCUGCUCCAAGCAGGUCUGUCGCCAACGACGACUUCACCGCCCCCAGAAUUCCGCCUGCCCCUCCUGCCACCGAACGCCCUCGUGCCGAAUCUGUCGGUACCCUUCAACAUGAUCAUACUUCUGCAGCUUCACCAAAACCCUGGCGUACACAUCUGCCAAAGCACAGUGCUGGGGAAGCCUUCUCUAUGGAGGAAGAGAUGUCCCGCAUUUUGCGAGGCGAAGAGCAGAAGAGAAAGGAGAAUGAGCACACCGGUGUUCUUCGUCGUGUUUCCAACGCAGUGAAGCACGGUAGAAGCUUCAGCGACAAAUCGAUACCCCUCCAAAAGACACCUACCAUCAGUUCGGCAGAUAUCAGUAGCCCUAUUCUCAUCACCAGUCCAAUUUCUUCACCUGGCCAGAUGGACGUCGCUACCCUGAGGUCUCAAUUGCGUCGCGCUCAACAGAAGAUUGCAGAGCUUGAGGCUGAUAAGCUCGGCCUGGAGGAAAAGAUGGACACAUCUGCCGACAUCAAGCAGGUCAACACUGAACUGCGUGAGAAGCGCUCAACCAUGGCAUUCCUUGACACUCAGCGCGAGAUGGUGGUUCGCGAGCUCGAAAUCAUGACUGAGCACUUGACCAGAGCCAAAGAGAGCAACAAGCCUUUGGAUAUUAGUCAACUCAAGUCCGAGAUCUUGCAGGACUUUGCACACUCUUUGCANAAGUUGAAAGAUAAUCUCGGCACCCAGAUCGAAGAUCUAGUGCACAAGAGAAACGAACUUACCGACGACAUUUCGAACCUCAUUCAAGUCAAGGACAAGGGCUUGCAGGAGUUUGAAUCUCUUUCUUCGAAGAACCUCCAGCUGGCUGAGUUGAACAACCAACUCGUCAGCGGUAUCCAAGAUUUGUACAAGUCACAAAACUCGAAGGGCGCCAGUAUUGAGCGAUCACCCCUUACUAAUGGUCUGGGUAUCUAUAACGGCUCGAACAGGGGUGACAUGGCCUCGCUUCAUUCCGCAUCGUUGCAAGAAUCCACCAGUCUCCAUGACCUUUUGCCGCAUGCAGCGGACGCGGAACCAGCUACUGUCCUCACAGCACCACAGGUAGUCAAUAUCCGCAAAGGACAACCCAAGAAGUUCAACUGGAAGAAGGGUUCAUCUGGUCUUGCCAAGAACGUUACCAAAGGCAUCAAGGGUGCAUUUGCUGGCAACAACGAUCGUGGAGUUCCUAUCAAACCUGACGGUUCCUAUGACAUUACCGGUAUGCCAUAUUCGCAGAUGCAGGCAGGCCCUGGUGCAAUCAUGGGUGAUCAGCCUUUGAAUAAGGUUGGUGAUGCUAAAGGCUUCGGCUUCUUUUCGUCUACUCAGAAGAACGGCCUCAAGCCGGGCGUUCAGGGUGUUCAUGGUAAGAACGGUAGCAGCUCCAACCUGCUUGCAGAGAAUCCUUCCGUACUGUUCGGAUCUGAUUUGCGUGAGCGUUGCGACUAUGAGAAACGUGUUCUGCCCUCGAUCGUCACGCACUGCGUUGAAGAGGUUGAGAAGCGUGGUAUGGACAUGGAAGGCAUCUACAGAAAGUCUGGCGGAAGCGGUCAGGUCAAACUCAUUCAACAAGGCUUCGAGAAAGACGGCGCCUACGACAUCACUGAUCCAGAUCUCGAUAUCCAUGCUGUCACUAGCGCGCUGAAGCAAUACUUCCGCAAGCUACCCAAUCCUCUCAUCACUUAUGAGGCCUAUGACCCUCUGCUCGAAGCAGCUCAAAUCACGGAGAAGGAGAAACAAGUUGCCGCCAUUAAGGCUGCGCUGGAGGCUAUGCCGCAAGCUCACCACGAUGUGCUGGAGUACUUGGUGCAGCAUCUGUGCCGUGUAGUCAAGCAGGAGUCGGAAAAUCUGGUAAGAGUUUUUGUCUCAACAAGUUGUGAUGACACAGAGCUGACAUAUUGUAGNAUGACACCACUCAAUCUCUCAGUCGUUUUUGCGCCUACGAUUCUGCGACCCUUGAGCAUUGAACGCGAAAUGUCGGACAUGCAAGCCCAGCGUAUGGCAGUGCAGGCGCUGCUCGAACACGCGGAUUCCAUUUUCGAAACUUAA